AUGGCUGAGAAAGCAUGUAAAUUACUUCGUGAAGUUGAUGAUUUAUUUACCGAUGGAAACGUCGAUGUGACCAAAUAUAAUGGAUUCACGGCAUGUCAUUCUUAUUGUCCUUAUGAAAAACGGGGGAAAAAACAAAUACUUCGUGAAUGUAAAGAUAAUAAUGAAAGAAUUAGCGCUUUGGGAGGAUACUUAUAUAACAAAUUGGUUAGUAUUUCUAAUGAUUUUAAAGGAAAAGGAGAUAAUAGUAACCGGCAUAUUGAAAUUUUUAUGAUGUGGCUAGGCGAUAAAUUAUAUAAUCUAGAAAACGACUAUAAAACAACUAUGGAAGAAUCUUAUAAAAAGCAUUUAAUGGAUUAUAUGGGGAAUUAUAAUUAUUGGAACCUUUUAGGUAGUAAACAGGAAUAUAAAAUAGCUAAUGUUUGGUAUAUGAGAGGAUUAUAUAGCUUGCUCAAUUGCAUAUGCAGUAUAGUUAUUGAAUAUAACAAAAUCAAAAACAAAAACAAAAACAAAAACAAAAACAAAAUAAAUACCAAAAUAAAUAACAAGAUCAAGGAGAAAAUCGAAACGAUGUCCAAAAAUUGCUACCAGAAUUUUAUAAGUAUUUAUGAAAAUAUUAAAGAUUGUUAUUCAUAUUUUCAUUUAUUAAAGUUCUUAAAAAGUAUAUAUGAUGAUAUUAGAAAUGAUGCUAUUGAAGACGCCGAAGCUAAAAAAGAGGCUAUUAGAAAAGCCCUUAUUAGAAAUAAUACUAUUAAAAAAGGUAUUACCCAACAAAAAAACGAUGCAAUCCAAAUGUUAAGAUAUGUAUUGGAUGCUUCAACUAUUUCUCUUAUAGAUCUAACUACAUCUGAUUGGAAUCAAAGGUUUCCGAAUAAGUCUGAUCAAAUACUUGAUUUGAAUACUCAAGUAUGUAUUAAUUCGUAUUCUGUAUUUGUGAAAAAACAACAAGAACGUGAAUCAAAAAAUCGACCGAAAGCAGAAACUCAAACAAGAAGUAGUCAAUCCGGAAAAGAGGGAAAUAAAAAUCCUCAAAAUCAACAAAUAGAAAUAUUACCACCAUCACCAGGACCACAGCCACAUCCAGCACCAUCACUGUCUUCACAAAAUGAUUCUUCAUUACAAAAAUCGCAAAUAGGAGACUCAGAUAAUGAUAAAAAAAAUACAGGAGGUGCAAAUGGCAAUAAAGGAAAUCCAAAUGAUGGAUCAAAUUAUUCCACACUAGAUGAUCCUGCAACAAGUGCACCAGGAGGAUAUUUUUAUUGGGGAUCAUCAUUUAAUGGAUUCCUAUUCGAUAGAACCGAAGUUUUUAAUAAAGCUUUCCAAUUUAUUGACAAAGGCCGUCAAACAGUCAAAGAAGUUACGAAUAAAGUCAGUAAUGCAUAUAAUAGCGCUGUGGAUAAUUUAAAAAGUGCUUACACUGUAUCUAAUAAUUAUAUUAGUGGAGUUGUUAAUAGUGUAACUACCAAGUUGAAUCCAUUCAGUACUUUUAAAUUAGGUAAUAAUCAAUCUGUGUCCAAUAGUUUAGGGGGUGGUGGAAAUGAACCUAAUCCGUUACAAUCAAUUCCGCCCCCAGCUUUACCAAAUGGCUCAGAAUCAACGUCACCACCACCAUUAGCGCCAUUACCAAAAUCACCUGAUUCACAGGGUAGCUCUACACAAAUUCACAAAUGUCCAGUUCACCAAAUUGCACCUACUGAUGGAAAUAUGGGAUGUCAAACACCACUCUCUGGUCAAGGUACAUUAUCAAUUUCUGGUAACAAUUCUUCAAAUACAAAAAACGAAAACGUAAUUACUGUGGCAAAUGUUAAAAUGAAAGAAGCUCCAUCAAUAUGGUGUAUAGGAACGAAUACCAAAUGUGACAUAACGGGGAUUAGUAUUAUAGUUAUUUCAAUAUUCGCUUUUUUAGCAAUUAUGUAUAAGUAUCUAUCACUUGGCUGGACAAGCAAAUCGAAGAGAAAAAAAACCAUAAAAAAGGUUAUAAAUUCAAUUGGAGGGAAAAGACCGGUUCAAAUAAUUAUAAAAUCAUAUGAUAGGAACAAAGACCUAAAACCGGUUAUAAAUUCAGUUGGUAGAAAAAAAGAUUCAUUAUUAAAUAUAUACAAACUUAUGCAGGCUGAUCCUGUACCAUUUAUUAAUUUAUUUUUUUUGUUAAUUUUUUUUGUUUAUAAAAAAAAAAUAAAUUAUUUAGAAUUAUAA